AUGUCUCUUCUUAUGGCUAUUGGUCAUACAAGUAUGGUCAGAGCUAAGAACCGUAUCCGUUUCAAAAGUGUAGAUAAGCCUUCCACCCAUAGAACUUUCAAAGUUGACAUUGAAAAAACUGAACUAUCAAAAGCAAUAAAAAUAGUUCAAGCAGAACAAGUGCUUGUAGAUAAUGGAUAUGAUACAAAUGAUCAUCAAGAGGAUGAUGAUGAAGCAGAAGAAGAAGAAGAAAGUGAAGUAGAAGAAGAGGAUCCAGUUGUUUCUAAGAAGAAAGCAAAACAACAUCUUUCAUUAAAUGACACAAGAAAGGAUUAA